AUGCCUAUCAAGGUCAAAUCCAAGAAGCUUCCUGCCCCUCGCGAGGGAAGUCCUGUCUCCAUCCGCCAUUUGGACGAAUACGAACGCGAUCUUCCCGACAUUGGCACUCACGAUAACUUCAGAGAUGUCGUCAAGAAGCUCUCACUGUACUUUGUCGAUGUCAUUGAACUGCCGAGCACGUUUGAACAGCUGAGAACCACAGCUGCGGGGACUCCUCUACGCCUCUUGGUGGAUCACCUCGCUGCAACCUGCACCAACCCGGCAAUUGUCAAUGCUCUUCUAGCUCUCAAAUGGCAUUAUGCAUCUUCGUCAGAACACCGCACUCUGGGAGAAUCUCGAGCAGAUGCAUGUGAAAUCGUUGCUUGGCGAUUCCUGACUAGGCUUUCUGAACGCGAGGCAGUUAAUUACUGCCUUUACGAGAUCCACGAUCUAGAUGAUGAAAAUGAAGCUCAGGCUCAAGUGGCUGGUAAUGGUCACACGGGCGAUGAGGAAGCUGGCGAAAACGCCCCUCUGCUCUCUCACCUUCGCUCCAUUGACAACCGCCGACGUGGACCAGGCCCUGCCGGGAGCAGCAUGAAGCGUAACCAACUUCUAAGUUCUCUCUCCCGCUUGACUAUGACAUCGGAUGAUGAAGACGGUGAUAACGAGGGUGAUCCUACUUCAUCAUUUAAGAACCUGAAUGCUCUCGAGAUUGCUGCCAUUGCCGAUGCCAAACGCUUCCUCAGCCAGCACAUUGUUCAAAAGAUUAUCACUGCUAUUUGGAGUGGUGACAUAGUCUUUUGGGAUAGCCUGUCUGUGCACUCUACAAAGAAGGUCCGGUUCUAUAACCCUAGGACUGCAGACCCCUUUUCUCGCCUGCGCGUUCCCAAGUAUCUCAAGAGCUGGGAGGUGCUGUUCUUCUGCAUUUUCCUCGCCCUGUACUACGCUGUACUCAUUGUGCGAGACGAGUCACGUAUUACAAUCCCUGAAGUGAUACUUUUCUUAUGGAUCGCGGCUUUCUUCUACGAUGAGCUCAGCGAGUGGCUUGAUGCAGGUUCUAUCUUUUAUGCCACCGACAUAUGGAACCUAUUCGACAUGAUCAUGAUCGCCAUCGGGUUUACCUUUGCAAUUCUGCGUAUUAUUGGCAUUGUUCAGAACAAACCCGAUCUGAACGACCUUGCAUUUGAUAUCCUGGCACUUGAGGCACUCUUCAUGAUUCCUCGUAUCUUCUCGAUUCUCAGUCUCAGCCCUGCUUGGGGCACACUUAUUCCAUGCUUGAAGGAGAUGGGCAAGGACUUCUUCAAAUACAUGGUACUUGUUGUUGUCGUGUAUUGUGGUUUCCUGACCACAUUUUCGCUCGUGGGUCGUAAUGUCUUUGCAUUCAAGUCCAUGGCCUGGAUCUUGACAAAGAUAUUUUACGGCUCGGCGCCCAUCGGAUUCGAGAUAAUGAAUCAGAUCGAUCCCUUCUUUGGACCUCCUCUGAUGAUCAUCUUCAUUACACUCUCCAGCUUCCUGUUGAUGGGCUCCCUGACAGGUAUGCUGUCCAACAGCUUCUCGCGGGUUAUCACCCACGCUAAGGAGGAGUACCUGUAUGUGUACAGCGUCUACGUCUUGGAAGCGUCGACUAGUAACCGACUCACCCAUUUCUUUCCUCCUUUCAAUCUGCUGGCCUUGGUACUCUUCCGACCUUGGCGUCUAUUCUUUACGGCCGAUGAGAAGUUCCGUGCUGGGCGUAUCAUGCUCCUCAAGGCGACUCAUUGGCCCAUUGUUGGCAUCAUCAAGCUGUACGAGAUGUAUCGCAAGCCAGGAGCCUUAGAAGAUGAAUUUGCUGGGUUCAAGGGUCCAUCGCGCUCUUCUCGACGCAACGGCAGGCACGCAAUUGCUCAGAAGCGAUCUGCGUCCAAUGUUGGUCGCCAGACGCUUUCUCCUAGAGGACGAGCGAAUGGUCAGAGUAUCGAGAUGCGCGAGGAUGACGUGGAUGCGCCAACAGCCAUGGAGGUGCAGCUCACCGAGCUAAACCGGAAGAUCGAUCAACUCACUGCAGCUAUCAUGGCUAUCCAGGAGAAGCAAGCAAGUGGAAACGACAGUGGAAGCUCAAGUACAGGUGCCACUCCCGCCUAG